CUUUGGUCCUUCACGGUUGAGCCAUCAUUCCUGCCUCACCUCCCAUCGGCCAUCCCCCUCAAAAGCGCACCCAACCGCAUCGCCUCCAUUGAUCAUCGGUUCCCCUCCAGUCCAACCCAUCCUGGCCGUCCACCCACACCGAUUUCGAGGCACUCGUCGCAGACAAAACGCUCUCACACAGACUCCAACCCCAAAUCACACACACAAGCACGGGCACGGAGGAGAGAGAGAGAGAGAGAGGGAGAGGCGGCCGCCAUGGCGACGCUGCCGCAGCGCUUCAAGCUGCUGGCGACGCGGUGCGCGGCGGGGGCGCCGAGCCCGUCGCGGAGCCCGGCGCCGUCCUACGCCGCGGGGGCUGCCAGCCCUGGGUACCGCCUGCGCCGCCGCCGGGGGGCCACCGCCAGUGGCCGGCGUCGCGGUCGCCUGCGCCGCUUCCUCUGCCGGCGCCGCGGCGGGACCGAGCCGUUGCCAGGCGCGCGUCAGGAGGACGACAGGAAGCCGCUUGUCGGCCGCGCGGGCGGCGGGGGCCGCACGCUGCGGGAUCUGUUCGUCGCGUCCCCGGAGGCCGGGCGCCGCCGCGGCGGCUGCGGCUGCGACUGCGACUGUGACGACGACGACACGGAGGAGGAGGAAGGAGGAGAAGGGGGCGGAAGGGUGGGCGCUGGCAUGGCGGACCCUGCAGGCGGCGCGUGGAGAGGGAGCAGGCGGUUCGGGUCUGGCGGGCUGCGGAACCUGCUGUUGCGGCGGAGCUGGCGGCCGGUGCUGGGGGCGAUCCCGGAGGGGGAAGGCAAGAUCGAGCUCGGUGUCAUCGAGGAAUGAAUAACAAAUGACAGCGAAAUCAAGAACUCGGAUUCUAGCGUUGUCUUCUUUCUCCGUUCUUCUUGCUCAGUUGCUCUGUUUCUUGGCUUCGCCUUUCUGCCGCCGUGACUGUGAAUAUGGGAAUGGAACACCAAAUUACUACCACUA